AUGAGGAGGGAGACUACCUUUGAUCCCAAGGCACCCCUUACUGGGAAAGAGACACAGCGUGAUGCAGAACGAAUGGAAUUUCAAGCUCUCUCUUUAGAGUCUAAUGGAAAACAUAUGGAGUGCCUUCAGCUUAUGGAAAAGGCGUUGCAAAUUCGUUGUCAGGUUUGUGCUUCCGGAGAUGCAACACCUAUGAGCAUUGGUGAAGCCUGUGAUGCAGCUGAGCGACUUGUGACAAAGAGCAACACAUACGGUGUGAAAUCUUUUAAAGAAGAUGAUUAUGAAACGGCGUCAACACUAUUUGGAUACGCUCUAGAGAUGACAGGGGAAGAUUCUUUCCCAUUGCGAGAAGUAGAUGACCGACGUCGAUAUCUCCGUGGUGUUACACUAAACAAUUAUGGAUGUAUGGAACGACGUCGUGGUCAUUUUCCAGAUGCUCUUGCAUAUAUGCAACGAUCUAUGGAGUGUACUGGGGAACAAUCACCUGUGGCAUUUCUUAACAUGAGUGCUGUUCAAACACAACUACGACUUUGUGAAGAUGCAGCGGAAAGUGCUAUGCGAGCACUACAAAAUCUUGGCGCUUCCCCAGAAGAUCCAUCACUACUUGCUGUAGCACACCACAACCUUGCCAUGGCCUUAGAGCCAUUAGAUCCCACUCGAGCACUUGAAGAAUACCAAGAAGCAUUAAAUUUGGCACGAAAUUUCAUUGGUAAUGAUAGUAAUACAACAGUGAUAAUUGAGCGUAAUAUGACGCGUUUUAUGCAGGGACGUCAACGAGGAAGAUCUCUUCAUGGUGGUGAAUUAAUUGCUCUCCGCAGUAGAACGGGAUCCGCUUGUAGUGGAAGGGGUUCACUUCACCAUGGUGAGACCAAACCCACUGAUACCUUACUCCAAUCCCAGGGCAAACCUCAACCACCAUGCGAAGAUGAAGAUAUAUUUCCACAUCCCUUCAUGAACAGCGCCGCAGAUACGGUAGUCCCCCGCAAGGUACUCGUAACACGCAUCUAUCAUCCAUCCAUCUCCACACGCAAGUCAUUACUCCCACCACCAAGACACAGCAAACCAGCGGCAACACACACAACGGGGGCACAUAUGUACACACAAAUCCCUCGUGAUCGUCAUGAAGGACCCGCUGCUCACACAAAAUCGCCCCGCGCUGCGGCCGCUUCACGACUGCCCCCAAUGGAAUCCCGCCCCCGCCAAGGGCCACCUCCCACAGUCCCCGCCCACGCAAUACCAUCACGAACGGCAAAUAACCCACAGUCCAUGUGGGGGUCACCGAAACCAACACGUGCAGGUGCAGCCGUACCACAAGGUGUAAGAGGGGCACCUGAAGGGAAUUUGGCUCAUAUCCCACCACCAUCCUCAAACCAUGCUGCGACAACCAAAAGUCGUACCGCACGCUCUCCAACUCGUGAAGAACCAUCUGGACGAAACUCUUUCUUUGCCACUGCACCCACUUCUGGAUCCCCAAGAAAAUUAGUCCCAGUUGGUGGGCCAAGUUUACCACAAAGUAAAUCUAAAUCUCCUGCCGCCAUGGGUAGUACUAACAGAGGGUCCACAAGUUUAGUUAACACCGUUCCCAAGCAGUCGAAGCCAGUUCAGUCCGUAACGCGUCUUACUCAACCCUUGAAAUCUUCGAGGACCAGUUUUGCAUCAGCGGCAACGGCAGAAGCAGCUUCACUUGCUCCCACUGCGGUUUCUAGUAGUAAUAAAAAUGUGAAGCCAGUUCAGCCCCCAACACGUUCUAAUGAACCCUUGAAGCCUUCGAGGACCAGUUUUGCAUCAGCAGCAGCUUCACCAGCUCCUACUGCGGCUUCUAGUAGUAAUAAAAAUGUGAAGCCAGCUCAGCUCCCAACGCGUUCUACAGAGCAAUUGAAGCCAUACACAAGCAACGUUUCGACAGCAGCAGCUGCUCCUGCUCCCACUGCGGCUUCUAGUAGUAAUAAAAAUGAGAAGCCAGUUCAGCCCCCAACACGUUCUACUGAACCCUUGAAGCCUUCGAGGACCAGUUUUGCAUCAGCAGCAGCUUCACCUGCUCUUACUGCGGCUUCUAGUAGUAAUAAAAAUGAGAAGCCAGUUCAGCCCCUAACGCGUUCUACAGGGUCAAUAAAAUCAACGUCGGAGAGGCCUAAUACAUCUUCUGGACGCUUAAGACCAGGGUCCAGUAAAGGGGGUGCAGCUGAUCAUUCGAAACCUCUUGUGACUACCAUCCCUUCUCCUGGUGGUACACAGUACUCUGCCAAUUCGAAUGGCCAAUUAAUGGCUCCUUCUACUACAUCUAUGAAGCCAGCAAGUGUUUCAAAUGAUUCAUCAAAGAGGGGCGCUCCAAAUCGAAGCAGCAAGAUGGAAUCUCUUGAACAAGUUCCUCCAGCGGAAAUCUCCGUUCCUACAGUGGCAAACCGAAGAGAAUUAAAAUUGCCUCGGGGAGCACAAGGGAUGAAUAUUGUUUCAUACAUGGCUGAUCGUUUGGAUAUGUUAAUGGUGGAUGAAGAUGAACUAGAUCGUAAGCAAUUGAGUGCCUCAAUAAUUCAACGCACCUUCCGUUCAUAUUUGGCACGAAAACGUCUUAUGGAGAUGCGGGAAGGGAGGACCAUUUAUAAUGUUUUAAGUGAAAUUCGAGAGAAAAUUGCAGUUCGUAAACUUCAGAGAUGGUAUCGGAAGUCUCGUCAUAGUAGAGGGCGUUAUGGUCAUAUGCCUAAGAGAAGCACUCAAGUUCUUGCUAGUGAGAGAUAUAAAUCAGCUGCCCGUAUCCAAGCUGCAGCAAGAGGUUGGAUAGCACGACGUCGCUACGCACGACGAAAGUUCUUUGAAAAGAAUUCUGGUCAUGCUGCUCUUGUUGUUCAAUGCUGGUGGCGUCAAAUAUUAGCAAAGAGAAAAAUGGCAUCUUUGAAGAAGUUUUAUGAGGAGGCCAAAAAUCUUGCUGCUGAGAAGGAACGUAGAGAGGUUGCUGCCACAAUAAUUCAAAGUCGCUGGAGGACACGAAAGGCAGAGCGAUUAACACGAGCGGAACGAAUGCGGGCGAAAGAACUUCGUCGAAAGAAGGCAGAGGCCCUUCGCUUAUCGGCUGCUCGUACCAUUCAGACAUGGUGGCGUCUGCUCAGUGCACGCGCAGUACUUCGCCAAUUAAGAGAAGCACAAGCGGCACGAGAGGCAAGGCUUAAGGAGCAUCAACGAAAAGUGGAUGCAGCGACAAAGUUACAAUCAUUUGGAAGAAUGAUUAUUGCGAAGAACGAGACAGAGCCUUUGCUUACAGGAUUUCGCGCAAAUGUGGCACGACGCAUUCGUGAGAGGUGCGCUGAGAAUCAAGCAGCGUCUAAGAUUCAACGCGCCUUCCGAUGCUACUACGCUAAACGUCUGUUGAAGCGACUACGACGCCAACGUCGAGAAAUGAAGCAACAGGCACGACAAAGUGCUCUUGUGGCUGUUGCACAACGUGUAGGACGUGGAUUCCUCACUCGCCGGGAUCUCGGUCAGAUUUUGCAGAAUUUGGAGAAUGAGGCACGUGAAUUUAGUCAACGAAAAUUAGCUCUUGAAAGGGCAGAUGACACAGCGAAACCCAUACUAACAAGUGAGCAAGAAAAACCUGAACUGAUCCAAGAGGAUUGUAGGGGUACCACGGUGACGGAAGAGAUGAGAACACCUCCUUCUAUGGUACCUCGUCUCCCUGUAGACGACAAGCAGGACUCAACUGAGUUCCUAAACAAGGGAGAAUUGGAGUCGCACAAGAUUGAGGAUGCAGUGGAACAAGAUCAUGCGGAAAUAUCACGUACAUUAGAACAAGAAGUGGAGGAUGAGAAACAACGUCUAUCUGCACUUGAAGCGAAUUUGUCAGCUGAUGAGAAGAUUGAUGAACGAGAGAAACUACUUGAAUUAAACAAAGAAAAGGAACGGUUGAACGUUUUGGAUGAGAGUGAACGUAUCAGUGCUCUCUCAACUGCAAUCUCAACGUUGAAGCGAGAAGAUGAUGCGUCAAAGGGAGAAAGGAUUGAGGAUGCAGUGGACCAAGAUCAUGCGGAAAUAUCACGUACAUUAGAACAAGAAGUGGAGGAUGAGAAACAACGUCUAUCUGCACUUGAAGCGAAUUUGUCAGCUGAUGAGAAGAUGUAUGAACGAGAGAGACUACUUGAAUUAAACAAGGAAAAAGAGCGUUUGAACAUUUUGUAUGAGAGCGAACGUAUCAGUGCUCUCUCAACUGCAAUCUCAACGUUGGAGCAAGAAGAAGAUGAUCGUCAGUCAUUGAUAGAUGAUGCCUCAGAUGAAGAAAAGAUUGAGGAUGCAAUGGACCAAGAGCAUUCGGAAACAUCAAGUACCUCACGAGAAGAAGUAGCUGAAGAGGAACAACGAUUGUCUGUCCUUGAAGAGGCUGUAUCUUCUAUUGAAGAGGUGGAAGAAGAGCAGAGAUUGGACGCGCUAAGAGAAGUGCUCGAUCACGAAGACCAGAAAGCAUGUGAGGAUCAACAGUCAGAUAGAACCUUAUACACUGAAAAUCAUGACUCUGAAGAAGAAGCUACUGGAGACGUCCCGACACAAUUGGCUUCUACACUAACCCCCUCUGAGGGUAAAUCGGACGAAAGUUUAGAGGCGUUAUUGGAAGUUGAAAGAGAGAAACGACGGUCUCAGAUGGAAUUAGAGAAGCGACUGCGUAAGGCUCGUGAUGCACUGGAUGCAAAGGCAAACGAGUACCGUCUGCGGAAAAUCGCCGCAGCAGAGAGUGCACAAGAGUUAAAAAUGCUUAUCCCACGCCCUCCUCUUGGUCGUGUACGCUUGCAGAAACAGCAAGAUACGGAGUUGAUAGAGUCACCAGAGUCCCCCACCGCGGCAAAUAUACGGGAACAACAACAACAACUUGUACUGAAUAAUACAAGGAAGAAAGAGAAAGCUGCUUUGGAUAUAACUCGCUUGGCACGUGGUUACCUUGAUCGCAAGUACACCCGUGCUCUUAAGGUAGUAAUUGCAGAGUAUAUUGAUCAUAGGGUAGAUAUGGAUAGUGAAGAGCCCCCUUGUUUUGAUAAUGAAUUCCUACAGAAGUUUACAGAGAUGUAUCAAAGUGGUGUAGAAAAGGCACGUGCUAUUCGGCAUAUCACUCUUAUUCAGACAUUUAUGCGUGCUGCAGAGAGUAGAAUGAUUGUCUCUGCUCGUGCACCAUCUUCUUGGUCACAUGGAAAAGAUCCUUCAAUUUUAUCAUCCCGCAGGAAUGAGGCUGCUGAGACUUUGUGUGGUUUUGCACGUAUUAUUCAAGCCAAAAAGAGACGUAUUCUUCUUCAGGAGAUGGCAGCCAUUCAAUUACAAGAAACACGAGAGUUGGAAGCCUUUGAUACAUUAAGAGGCUUUUUGUAUAUGAUACGUGCUAAGAAGGAACUUGCGGCUCGUGCUGCAGCAGUGGAUAAUCAUUUGCUGCAGGAAGAAACUCUAUAUGCUCAAGAUUGUGCAGCAAAUCAAAUUGCAUGCUUUUUCCGUGCGGCUGCUGCUAAAAAUGAAGUACGCCGCCGCCAAGAGGCAAUUAAGGAAAAGUUGAACGUUGCUAACGCUGUAGAGACGAUUGUUUCCUUCCUUCGACAGUGUUGCGCUAAACGAGAGAUAAAUAGACGACGUGCGUUAGUGGAACAGCAGCGUAAAGUAGACAUUGAACUCGAGAUGAUUCUCGAUCUUGCUGCCAUGCGGGUGCAGCGUGCAUACCGCUCCUACAAAGCACGUCAGCUUGCACGGGAGCAGCGGGCGGCGAAGAAGCAGCGGUGGGGUACCAUACAAGCACAGGAUGAGGAAAUCACAGCCGCCAUGGCCGCUAUUGCCGCAGAUGCUCCUAAUGAAGCAGAGUUAUGGGCAAAACUUGGCUUCUGUGCUGAUGAGAAUGAAAAUGAAAAUGAUGGCGAAAAUGAAAAUGAGGAGGAUUUGGAGGUGGAGGCGUUGUUGUAUUGUGUGGUGCAGGUGCAGCGGGUGGUGCGGGGUUGGCUCGCACGGCGAAAAGUACAAAAACUGCGCUCAAUGGUCCAACAGAAGCUCAAGGAAGAGGAAAAGGAAGAGAAACAAGAAUAG